GGGGGAGCAGCCUGUGGUGUUCUGUUAUUAUUAUUAUACAGUGCUCUUCCACAGAUACGGAGACAGUUCCACCCGAGGGGGAGUAUAUAGAAGAGCACAGGGGUCUGUACAAGGACGUGAUGAUGGAGAAUCACCACCCCCUCACAUCACUUGAUGGGCCCAGUAACAGAGAUACCCCAGAGAGAUGUCCCCGUCCUCUGUAUUCCCAGGAUUGUACAGAGGAGAAUCACAGGACCCCACAGGAGGAUCAGGUAGAACAUCUUUCUCGUAUAAAGGCAGAAGCUAUAAGGAGAGAAGAAGAGACGUAUGUGACUGAUAUAAAGGCUGAAGAUAUAAAGGAAGAAGAGGAGACGUAUGUGACUGAUAUAAAGGCAGAAGAUGUAGAUGGAGAAGAAGAGACGUAUGUGACUGAUAUAAAGGCAGAAUAUAUAGAUGGAGAAGAAGAGACGUAUGUGACUGAUAUAAAGGCAGAAGAUCUAGAGGGAGAAGAAGAGACGUAUGUGAUUGAUAUGAAGGUAGAAGAUACAGAGGGAGAAGAAGAGAUGUAUGUGACUGAUAUGAAGGCAGAAGAUAUAGAGGGAGAAGAAGAGAUGUAUGUGAUUGAUAUAAAGGCAGAAGACAUAGCGGGAGAAGAAGAGACAUAUGUGACUGAUAUGAAGGCAGAAUAUACAGAGGGAGAAGAAGAGACGUAUGUGAGGGGUGAUCAGCAGUGUAAGGAGGAGGUGAUCCCUACAGAUAUCAGCACAGAUGGGCACACAAGCAGGAACAUCUCAGAAGGACAUCUAAUGUUAUCCCUGGAUUCUGAAAUAACCGAUAACGACAGUAGACAGGAUUCUCCAGGAGCUAACCCCAUUACCCCAAUUAUACAUCCAGCUCUAUCAGCUGAUCCCCCUGAUCCUGGGAAAUGUUCUCCUGAUCACUCUGAUAUUGGUGCAUCUGUUACAGCUCUGACAGUAGAUACAGUGUUUCCCUGUUCUAUAUAUGCCAAAUGUUUUACACAGAACACAAAGCGUAUUACCAAUCAGACAGCUAAGGCAGGUGAGAGUCCAUUUCCAUGUUCUGAGUGUGGGAAAUGUUUUACAUAUAAAUCAUAUCUUGUUAGACAUGAGAGAAGUCACACAGGUGAGAAGCCAUAUUCCUGUUCUGAGUGUGGGAUAUGUUUUACACAGAAAUCAGCUCUUGUUAUACAUCAGAGAAGUCACACAGGUGAGAAGCCGUAUUCCUGUUCUGAGUGUGGGAAAUGUUUUGCACUGAAAUCACAUCUUGUUCCACAUCAGAGAAGUCACACAGGUGAGAAGCCAUUUUCCUGUUCUGAGUGUGGGAAAUGUUUUGCACACAAAUCAUAUUUUGUUAUACAUCAGAGAAGUCACACAGGUGAGAUGCCAUUUUCCUGUUCUGAGUGUGGGAAAUGUUUUGCACACAAAUCAUAUUUUGUUAUACAUCAGAGAAGUCACACAGGUGAGAUGCCAUUUUCCUGUUCUGAGUGUGGGAAAUGUUUUUCAUCGACAUCACAUCUUGGAAGACAUCAGAGGAGUCACACAGGUGAGAAGCCAUUUUCCUGUUCUGAGUGUGGGAAAUGUUUUUCAUCGACAUCACAUCUUGUUAUACAUCAGAGAAGUCACACAGGUGAGAAGCCAUAUUCCUGUUCUGAGUGUGGGAUAUGUUUUACACAGAAAUCAGCUCUUGUUAGACAUGAGAGAAGUCACACAGGUGAGAAGCCGUAUUCCUGUUCUGAGUGUGGGAAAUGUUUUGCACACAAAUCACAUUUAGUUAUACAUCAGAGAAGUCACACAGGUGAGAAGCCAUUUUCCUGUUCUGAGUGUGGGAAAUGUUUUUUAUCGACAUCACAUCUUGUUAUACAUCAGAGAAGUCACACAGGUGAGAUGCCAUUUUCCUGUUCUGAGUGUGGGAAAUGUUUUGCACACAAAUCAUAUUUUGUUAUACAUCAGAGAAGUCACACAGGUGAGAUGCCAUUUUCCUGUUCUGAGUGUGGGAAAUGUUUUUCAUCGACAUCACAUCUUGUUAGACAUCAGAGGAGUCACACAGGUGAGAAGCCAUUUUCCUGUUCUGAGUGUGGGAAAUGUUUUUCAUCGACAUCACAUCUUGUUAGACAUCAGAGGAGUCACACAGGUGAGAAGCCAUUUUCCUGUUCUCAGUGUGGGAAAUGUUUUGCACGGAAAUCAGUUCUUGUUAAACAUCAGCGAUUUCACAGAUGAGAAGCCAUUUUCAUGCUGUGAGAGAAAUAAAUCUGCUCUUGUUGAACAUAUUAGACAUUACCCAAGUACGGAACCAUUUACAUCUUCUGGAGUAUAAUUAUCACUGCCGUCCAAUGUUCCUCAAGGGUGAAUCCGAUCUCUUAUGCUUUAUAAAAUAUACAUGCUACCACUGGGUGAUAUAAUCAGACGUCAUGGCCUGGUCUACCACUGCUAUGCAGAUUGCCUGCUUUUUGCACCAUGUACUGAGAACCUAAUACCAAUCCUAAAUGGUUGUCUAGCUGAGCGCCUGGGGUUGAUGAUGCCAGUUGGCUGUGACUCGGUCUUUGUGAAACAUAAUAGAAGCUCACCAACAAAGGACAAGACUACAGCUUUACCAACCAUCUGGAUUUAUGCUUUGGUGUUCAGAAUCGCAAAAUACUAAACAUGUGCUGAAUCUUUGUGUUGUCCUGGUAUGUGGCUGACACAGACAUCAGGUAUCUGCCACAUACUAAUCCUAAUUCUUCCAUCUGUGGACCAUAGCCAGAAUCAAGCACUUGAUUCCCUCAGAAGUUCAUAGACUACUGCAAUGCCAUCUACCUGGGUCACCCAGCAAAAGAAUUACAGAGCUUGCAGAUAGUACAUAAUGCAGCAGCCAAGCUGUUACCUAACCAGCCCGUUCCUGCCUCAUAACACCCAUUCUCUACUCCCUUCACCGGCUGCCUGUAAGAUGACAAAUCUAUUUCAUAAUUGGCUAACUGACCUUCCCAGCCCAACAUUACAUGGUCCAAGGUACUAGAAACAGCUUCUGCCUCCUUACUGCCCUGCUUGCUUCUACAGAUGGACUGUUACCAGCAGUACCAAGAAUCUCCUGUCAUUCAUUUAUGGGUUGAACGUUUAGUUUUGCAGCCCUGACCAUGGAACUCACUGCCUUGCACAGUCCAAGAGGCCUCCACUCUAGAGACCUUCACAAACAGACUGAUGACUGUUACUCAUGCUUUUCAUUAAUGUACCUCUAUUUACUUCCUAAAUAAUACAUCCCAAAUGCUUAGGUCUUUUUUCUGCUGUUUAUUUUGUAUCUUGUGCUUUAUGUAAAUGUGAAUGUCUAAUACCAGUUUGCACAAUCUGUAUUGCUGCACGACAGUAUGGCGGCCAUUGGAACGUGUUUUCACUUCUAGUUUGCCUAACUUGUUGCUGACACUCAUCUUGAUCAGGAGUGCCGAGUGUUUUCUUAUACAAGAUCCUGUCCAUAUAUACCCUGUACAUUAUCAUGUGCAUUAGAGUCACCCGGGUUCCAUCUGCUGUGGUUUGUUGUAUGUUACAUCUAUAUGGUGCGGAUACUCCCCUGUGUUUCAUAAUAAAAGCUUUUGUUUGCAUCUAAUUAUUACAUUAAAGCUUUUAUUUUUUAUUCUGUUUUAUAUU